AUAGUGCACCCGAAAGUAAAAUUAUUUAUUAGUCACGGUGGUAUUUCGGGAAUGUAUGAAGCUGUUGAUGCAGGCAUCCCAGUGCUUGGUUUUCCUAUAUUUUAUGACCAACCAAGAAAUAUGGCGAACUUAGUUGAUAUUGGAAUGGCAAUUAGCAUGGAUUUGUUUUCAGUUACAAAAGAAACCUUAUUUGAUGCUAUCAAUAAAAUAAUAAAUGAUGAAACGUAUACGAAAAAUGCUAAAGAAAUAUCUAUUCAAUUCAAAGACCGACACAUGUCUCCAGCUGAAACGGUAGUUUAUUGGACUAACUAUGUCAUACGACACAAAGGUGCGCCUCAUUUAAAAUUACAAGCUUUAAAACUGUCAUGGUAUCAGUUUUUCUUAUUGGAUGUUAUAUCUGUAAUAGUUUUUCCAUUAUUAUUUAUUUUGUAUAUCUUAUUCAAGUUAAAUAGAAUUUUUUUCCGAGAUAUUAAGAAAUUUUUUAAAAUAAAACAAAACUGACAAUUUAAUGUUAAAAUGUUGUUUGUUAAUUUCU